AUGGCGAUGUUGAGGGGAGGGACCCUUGGAGAAGAUCAGGCCGAGAGCUUAGGGUCCAAGUUCCGGAGGAUGGACAUCGUGGUCGGCAAGACCGAUACAACUUCGAUGAUGAUGGAAUGGGUGAUGGCAGAGUUGCAUGUCAUGAACAAAGCAGUAAAGGAAUUGACCGAGGUGGUGAGAUGGAUCGAGGGUGUAACUUUACCAAGGCUGAAGCAUAUUGAUGCCGUCAUCAAGGCGGCGCUCCGCUUGCACCGGGUGCUGCCUCUAUUGGUCGCUCACUUGAUGCAUCCUGCGCCGUCCGCCGAUAAAUGA